AUGAAAGUCACCGCGUUAACGCUAUGGAAAUCUAACGGCGCCGACGACGAUCCUAGCUUCCUCGGCGGCGCCACGGACGUCGCUGAAUUUGGAUUCUUCCAGCGCGCCUCGGUGCGCGAAAUGUUGAUCUUUAUCUCUCGAACCGUCGCGAAACGCACGCCUCUGGGCGCGCGACAGAGCGUGCAGCAGGACGCGUACAUGGUGCACGUGUCGAAUAAGUCGGGCCUGGUCGCCGUGGCGGUGAUGGAUGAGGAAUAUCCGAGCAGAAGCGCGUUUUGCGUGCUGGGCAAGAUGAUGGACGAGUACGAGAGCGCGAACGGCGAAGGCGCGAACGAGGCGUGGCGCGCGGUGCGCGAGGAUAAACCCGAGGGAGGACGCGCGAGUGAGAUGCUGGAGGAAAUGCUGGUGAAGUAUCAAGACCCGAGCGCGGCGGAUAAGAUUUUGAAGAUUCAGAGAGAGUUGGACGACACCAAGGUGGUGUUGCACAAAACCAUCGAUAGCGUGUUGGCGAGAGGGGAAAAGUUGGAUAAUUUGGUGGAUAAGAGCACUGAUCUAUCGCUGGCGAGUCAGAUGUUUUACAAACAGGCGAAGAAGCAGAAUCAGUGCUGCACGAUGAUGUGA